AUGAGACACCUAAACCGAAGUGCCCAACAAAAUUUGACACAACGAAGAGAUAUCGAAAAUAUGGAUGAAAAAACUUCCUAUGCAGUAGUCGAUUGGAUGCAGAAGGAGCUUCCCUGUGAAUAUCGAGAAUCACAGGAAAAAUACUAUGGUAAACGUGGAAUGAGCGGUUUGGUCAAUAGUUUUACAGUGAAAGAAACAAACGAACAGGGAGAGCUGGAGUUGAAAACUUAUACUUAUAUCGUAACGCUUACUCAUUCCAACCAGGAUGAACAGACGACGCUUUCCGCUGCACAACUUGCACUUAAGGCUUUUCAUCAAGAUCAUCCAGAAAUAACAAAAAUGAUUAAACGUAGUGACAAUGCAGGCGUACUAGGUGGGCAUUCUACUGCAAUGGCUGAAGUAGCAGCACACGAAGAAAUCGGAAUUCAACUGCUGAAACGUGAAUAUAGUGAAGUUCAAGCAGGGAAAGCGGUCUGCGACCGAAUGGCCGGUGUCGCAAAACAACGGCUUCGUGGCUGGCUCAAUGCUGGACACGAUGUACUAUCUGCAUCUGACUUGAAAUUAGGUUUUGAGAGUUACGGAGGUGUCAAAAACUUAAAAGUUUUAGUUGCUGAAAAGGACUACAAGGCUAAACCAUUGGCAAAAGGAUCAAUCCCAGAAGUGAGUUCAGUGCGUAGUAUUGAAUAUACAGACGAUGGCAUGCUUAUUCGAAAAGCAAGUGGUAUAGGAAAGGGUAAAUUAGUGCCGUAUACCUCGCACAUGUUUAGCAACAAUUUGACUGAAACAGAAACUGUAGAAAGAGCCGAUAAAACCAGCAGACCACCAGUUAUUGUCAAUGUUGCCACUAGUAAACGCUCGGAUCGUCAGUACAAUCCGAUAUAUUUCUGUCAAGAACAACAGUGUACUUCAACUUUCGAAUGUGAAACGGAUUUAGCUUUACACAUGGCUGCAGGCUUCCACAGCAAUGCCGGUGAUAAUAAGAAACUCAGUACGUAUGAUCAGGCAAAGUUACAACUCUACGAUCGCGUACAACAACAACAGUUACCGCAAACUACCACACAGUCGAUGUUGAGCAGAAAUUCCCCCACAAAAGCAGCUGAUUCACCAUCAUCUUCAACAACAUGUAUGAAAUCACCUGUACAUAUGCAAUACUUCAAAGAAAGUGGGUGGGGUCUGCGUGUUAGACAGCCACCAGCGCAUCCUACGCCACAAAUGAAAAAAUUCAUUCAAUGUGCCUGUAAGGAGAAAAGUAGGGGGGUCGGGGACAGACUGACAGGAGAAGAACUUCACAAAAAAAUGAGAGCGGCACGGGACAUCCAGGGUGCUAAGAUGUUCCAACCGAAAGACUACCUCACACCUCGCCAAUGUGAAAAUCAACUAAAACCAUUGUAUUCAGGGCGUAAGCGGAAAGAGGAAACCGAGGCAGCUGCAGAUACAGAAAAGACUACAUCAAUUGCAAGAUGUCGGUCUCGUAAAAGAACAUCCAGAACUGCGUUAGGUGUUUUCACUGGUGACGAGGAUGAGGGACAGCAAGAUAAUUUGCCAAAAAAAGUUAGAUCCGUCGAAGCUCUGCGACCUCGACCAAGUCGUUACGUUACGUCGGUUUUUGAUAACGAAAUGGACACGCAGAAUGAAGAUGCGACCUCACCACCACCAUCCGUAGCUCAAGAUUCAGCAAUUGGCAUCCCGUUGAGAACCACAAGGCAAACAACAGCUGCUGGAACAAAUUAUCCUGUCACUACUACAAGUAACAGUCAGAUGUUUGAGGAGGAGGAAGAUGAAACAGACGAAGAGGAUGAACGUGCAGUUCAACGAGCCAAUGAGAUUGUGAAAACAAGAAGGAAACUGUUAAGUGAACCACCAAAGAGUAAAAGUAAAAACGUUUUAAAGAAAUGA